AUGUCUGAAUCGAAACGCAUUAUUUGGCAGACUGGCACUCUCACUAUCCAUCUCGUCGUUGGAAGCGACGAAAUUGUUCGCAUUGUGGGCAUUCUGCCUCAUGAUUCGUGCCAAGCGGAACAAAAUGCCUUGUACUCCAAGCUGGGCACUGUUCCUCUGCUUGGGGUUCGGCUGAAUGGCGAGGGGAAUCCGUCGCACAAGUCAUCCAAGACGCUCAUAGGCAGUUAUGUCUCUAGCAGACUGAAGUACCAAAGCCACCAUGAGCACAGCGACAGCCAGUCAAAGUCUCUCGAUAUCAUCACGUACGACGAGGUAUCCCAGAUUUCAGUUAUCGCUCGCCUAUCGGUAUAUCUGGGUAUCCCGGUGAUCCGUUCGACAGCGACCAUUCGCAACGACUCUCAGGAAGACAUUGUUGUCGAUCAACUGUCGCCGCUCAUUGUCGGCGCUUUAUGUGAAAAAUCGAUUAGCUGUUGGCUCGACUACACCUUGUCCACUCCAACCAACUCUUGGUUCAGGGAAGCGCAGUGGCGGGAUGAGUCUCUUCCCAGCGUCGGGUUGGACGAUAUCGGCCUUUCCGAGCUGCCCGGUCCUCACGAAGCGUCAAUGGCACACCACGCCAUUUCAAAUCGUGGAACCUUCUCAACAGGAACCUAUCUGCCAAUGGGAUUGCUGAAAAAGAACGAUUCCAGCGAGACCUGGCUGUGGCAGAUUGAGAGCAGCGGGUCAUGGCGCUGGGAGCUCGGGGAUUUUCAAGAGAAUGUUUAUCUGGCGUUAGGUGGCCCGACAAACAAGGAUCACGGGUGGAAACACCGACUAGCUCCUGGUCAGUCAUUCGCCAGUGUACCGGUGGCUCUCUGCCACGUUCUGGCCCAUCCAGACAAUGCCUUCGCAGCCUUGACUGAGUACCGUCGACGUAUCAGAAGGCCUCACAAGGACAACGAAGAGCUCGGCCUGAUAUUCAAUGAUUAUAUGAAUUGUCUUAUGGGUGAUCCCACUGAAGAGAAAGUCAUGGCCCUCGUCGAUCCUGCAGUGAAGCUAGGUGCACAAUUCUUUGUCAUUGACUGCGGCUGGUAUGCGGAUGACUGCGGCUGGUGGGACGACGUUGGCCUUUGGGAACCGUCGACUAAACGAUUUCCGAAGGGUCUGAGGUCCCUAUUUGAUUAUAUUCGGGCCAAAGGGCUCACACCUGGACUGUGGGUGGAGCCGGAGGUGGUCGGUGUUCGAAGCGUGGUUGCGGACAUGCUGCCAGCGGACGCGUUCUUCCAAGAGAAUGGCCGACGCAUCGUGGAGAAGGGCCGGUAUCAACUGGAUUAUCGGCACCCUGAGGUCAUCAAACGCAUGAACAAAGUGGUUGAGAACCUCAUCCUUAAAUACGGGGUUGGAUAUUUCAAAUUUGACUACAAUAUCGAAGUAGUCCAAGGCACAGAUACAAACACUUUCAGUCCCGCUGAUGGACAGCUCGGGCAUAACCGAGCCUAUCUCGAAUGGGUUGGCAAACUUUACGAUCGUUUCCCGGACCUGGUCAUUGAGAGCUGUUCUAGUGGAGGUCAACGCAUGGACUACGCUCUUCUAGCUGUUCACUCACUGCAGUCGACGAGCGAUCAGCAAGAUCCAGUCCGAUAUGCUGCCAUUGCAGCUUCCGCACCGACAGCGGUCGCACCGGAACAGAGCGCCAGCUGGGCGUAUCCACAGCCUGAUUGGGAUGACGAGAAGAACGUGAUGACAGUUGUCAACAGUCUGCUGGGCCGUGUCCAUCUCAGCGGCAGGAUUGACAUGCUGAGUUCGCACCAAUUGGACCUCAUCGCGAGGGGUAUGCUCGUCUAUAAGCUGUUUCGUUCUGACCUAACAACCGGGCUCCCGUUCUGGCCGUUAGGCCUUCCUAAAUGGCACGACAAUUGGUUGGCACUGGGUAUUGCGGCAACUAGCGGGGUCCGGUAUCUUGCUGUGUGGCGUCGAUCUAGCUCAACUAAUCUCUCCCUACCCAUUCCCGCACUGAAAAGCCGGGACGUUGAAGUCAAACUUUUGUAUCCGGAGAUGUUUGAGGGAAAUGCGCAAUGGGAUUCAGACAAAGGCACUUUAUUGGUUUGUUUGCCCUCUGUUCCAUGUGCGCGCCUUUUCCGACUCUCGCCAAUCUGA